GUCUCCUCAUAUUCACCCAUUGCCAAUUUAACUACUUAUGAGAUGUUUGAUACGCUCUUGAUAUUUCAUCGGUAAAUCGAGCCCAUCCAGUUACCUAAGCACAUUCCCCUAUCUUUCCGCGCCACAUAUCCUUGCCACAUGCCAUAACCCCUCAGCCACCUAAGGAUAUGACAGGGCAGGCAUACAGAUCAUCCGGGGUACCGUCGGACAGCGGAGGGGUACAUACAUAGGGGUACUAUCUUAUCUUCUUUCAACUUCAUGUCCGACUUGAACGUGAUUUACAAGCACACAUGAAAAACAUAUAGUAAUAUGAAGAGAAAUUAUUAAUGAAAUUUUCUUCGAAUUAAGAACUUCCGAAGUUGGAAUGUAUAACAUCCUCAUUGCAUAGCAAAUUUGGAGGCAGCCCUGGGGCUGAGCUGUCAGUUCCACUUUUACGAUGGUGCCUCGUCUUUAAUUAUCGCUUCCCUCAUGAAUAUCUUCUUUAUCCAAGAUUCUAUGUCGAUGAAACAUGCACUAAUAGUUCACCGACGAGUAUCUAUCAGGCGCCAUGGCUAUUCAGAGGUCCACUUCUAAUCCCAGCGCAAGUGGUACUUGUGAGAGUUGCAUCCUCCCUUACCAUCGGAGAAGCCCAAUCAUUUGGUUUCAAGAAAAGGGCAACGUAACUUACAUUAACACCGAUGUUUCAACUCUCCGGCGAGCUCGAGAAAUGGGAUGCGAGAUGUGUGCAUUAAUAUGCGAAGCGUUGGCUAUAUACAGCAAUAUUCCAAUAGAUCAACUACCGGGUAAAGUGUGGUUCUUUCCAAAGACAUUCAGUAUCAAGUGGUUUUUCCCUGUCCCCAACGAGGAGAAGAGAAAUUCUGGAUCUAUAACCCUUCAUUUCUCAUCCACAUCAGAAUUUCCUUGUGAUUCUAGUUGGGAUCUGUACAAAUACUUUGGAAAACGCAACCAGCUCCCCGCAAGAACCGACUCCGAAGAGACCUUCACCCGGAUCAAAAAGUGGUUGAAGGAAUGCACCACAGGACACAGUAUGUGUGAAUGUGGUGUUAAUGGGGAGCUACCUACACGGUUCCUUGACCUCCACGAAGUGGAGUCGGAUGGAAUAGCAAGACUGAUUGAAGUAAAAGAGGCUUCCGUUGAAAAUGGAAAAUACGCAUGCCUAAGUCAUUGCUGGGGCGGGAACUUGGUCAAAAAUGCUAUGGCGACUAAACUAUCUUUAGACGAGAUGAAGCAAGGUAUUCUAGUUGAAACCUUACCUCAAACAUUCCGCGAUGCAAUAACUGCGACGAAAAAACUUGACAUCCGAUACUUGUGGAUCGACUCCAUGUGUAUCUUACAAGACGAUGAGUCUGAUUGGGACAGGGAAUCUAAGAGAAUGGCAACUAUAUACCAGAACUCAAUCAUUACAGUUGCUGCAACGUGUUCUGAGGAUCCUACUCAGGGCUUCUUCCGCUCUCCUAGCAGAUUCGGUUCCUACCUCUUCCAAUGCCGAACAGCCUCUGGUCAGCCAGUUGCCAUAUAUCUCCGCCGGCCUCUACCUCAUCAUGAACACUAUUUUCAAGCCUCAUUUCACCCGCUUUUGAGACGCGCUUGGGCGUACCAAGAACGCCUGCUAUCGCCUCGAUACCUGCAUUUCACGUUAGGGGAAGUGGUCUGGGAGUGUAACGAGCUCAUGGCCUGCCAAUGUUGCAUGGAGCAAUGUUAUGAGAAUCGUCACUUUCUAGGACCUCCCACUAAACUAUUAUAUACAGAACGUAUCAAAUCAGUAGACAUAUGUAAAUUAAAGGCGAAUUGGAGUUUCGUCGUUAGUAAUUACGUACACCAGGCCUUAUCUUUUGAGAAAGACCGUCUGCGAGCAAUUGCUGGGAUUGUUAGCACAUUUUGCUCAGUUGAGCUAUCAUCUAACCCGGGAAGAUCUGUCAUGGGUCGUUAUAUAGAGGGACUAUGGGAAGAUACGAUAUGUGAGAAUUUAUGUUGGUGUGUUCUCCCCCAAGCCAAUCACUUCAAACCUCGCCGGGCGGAUUGGAGGAAGUGGAAGGCCCCAACAUGGUCCUGGGCAUCUAUUCAAGAUCCCUCUUGCACGGUCAGCGAUAUUUACAGUGCUUGCACAGACACCGGGAAGUUAGCCAAAGUCCUUGAGGUUGAAUAUAUCACCCACCCCCGGGCUUGCCAAGAGCAAGUGCAAUACAAUUGCAUACGCCUCGAGCUAGCGAUUACAGAGAUGACACUUAUCGAAAAUCAACAAUCGGACUUUACACCAACUCGUUAUUUUAAGGGGUUUGGUCGUUGGAAGUUACAACUAGAUGGAAAGGACUUGGAUAUAAUUACAACUGAUGUAUACCCUGACUACGAUUAUACAAUAGCUGGAUCGGGUCACAUUGCCCCCGGAAGCACAGUCAUCGGCGGCCUAGUCUUAGAACGUCGAUAUGGAAGAGGAACUCGAAUUGAAGGUCUACUACUAAUACCGGUGGAUGAAGAAAAUCGUUUGUACGAACGUGUCGGAAAAUUUAGGACCAAUCAAUUGCAAUCUCGUACCCUACUCUCAGAGACAAGGGUUAUCUCGUUAGUAUAGUAUAGUUCAGAACUGAGGUUAUAGUACUCUGAGGGGGAAUACCAAGGCCUAAGAUGAAAUUACCUAGGCAGCUCUGAUAUUUCCAAGUCUUGAUUCUUGUGAA